AUGGGAUUUUAUGUAAGCAUAGCCUAUAUUGAACAAGCUAGAGACUCCCCUUCAGAGAUACAAAAAGUCAAUACGCUAUUGAUAAGUCUUUUGGAUGAUCAAACAAAUCAAAAGAAAUCUAUGUCUUUGGAGAAUGCAUCUCAAGGUUCUUGUAUGGGAGUUUCGCAAAUAGAUAUGACGCCACAAUUAUCUGUCCGUGAUCCUCUUUGUCCAACUACCACAAAAGGGCGUCCUAAAAUUGCUAGUAGAAUUAGAUCUUCUUUAGAAGCCCCCAAAAAACGUACAUGCUCUUAUUGUCAAGGAUUGGAUCAUUACGCUACUAGUUGUUCCAAAAGAAAGACAGAUGAAUCGUUGGAAGAGACAUAA